CUGGAAAGGAAGAGGAAAGCACAGCGUAGACAAAACACUGCUCCGAUUUCCUGCUUACACUGUACUGUAACCAAGGGCUUGAUCUUGACGGAGACAUGGCCAGCAGUACGUGUUUGACGGAUCCCGAAGUUUUGGAGGAAGCAUCUGAGGCGGACUCCGAUGACAGCAGUGAAGCAAUAUCCCUCCAUAUACCAGGACUAAAGAAAUAUGCUUCGUUUCUUAGAGACAUGUCCAUAUAUCUGAUGAAUACGUUUUCCAGAACCAUUUUUGCAAGCCUUCUUAAUGAUUACGUAGAGUCGGAGUUCUUUGUGAUUGAUGGUGAUUCUUUGCUAAUUACCUGCAUUAAAGACAAAUCCUUAAAGAAGGGACAGAGCUUGCACUUCUUUUUCUUGGUAGAGCGUUUUUUACUCAAUCUGAGUAACAAGGGGGCCAGAUAUGUGGUUGUUUUUUUCGAGGACAUGGAAUAUUUAUACUUAGGACAACCUGAUCUCAUUUUGUUACGUACACAACUGAGGCUGCACUUAGCAAAAAAUCUGGGUACAGAUGUCUAUAUUUUCACGAGCUUCUUAUCAAGGGAAUGGAAAGAGUUUCUGCAGCAAAAAUGUCCUUAUUUUUUAAUGGUUUCUGAUGAAGGAAUGAGUCUUCUUCAAACAUACUUCUUAAAUCUGCUGAUACUUGAUGCUCUAGGAAACAAAACUAAUAUCGUACUCACUGCUGGACAGGAAAAUGAUCACCUGAGAGUUUAUGGAUACCAUGUUAGUUCCAGAUUCCAUCAUCAGCGAUACGUGCAGAAGAACUUAGAAAAAGUUACGUCAACUGCUGAAGGGCUACGUCACCGUGCACAAAUCUGUGGUAGACAAGCUUCACCAUCACUCUUUAACCAAGUAAAGCAAGAGAAACUGUAUGCGAAGGUGAUGAAAUGCAUUUCUCACUUGUCUAAUUCUUUGACUAAAAGAUUAGACAUAAGGAUCAUUAUCACUGCUGUUUCAUGCUCCUUAAUACUGCCUAUGUGCACUGAGAAUCAAGACAGUCUUUUACAGGAUAAGAAAAGUACACUGACAUUGGAUGAAGUGGCUGACCUUUGUAAAAUGUACUGUCUCACAACAGCUAUUGUGCUUAGAGUACCCCUCUCUCAAAGAGCAAAGAUUAGGAGUCUAAAUGCAGACUGGAACAAACAUGCAUUAUUAUUUAUUAACAUGAAAAAACUGUUUGAAAAUAUUGUUCUGACAGUGGCAAAAGAUGAAUCAAAAAAAUCCAACUGGAAGAUUGAUUGGAAAAAGGUUUCUGAUUUAACAGAUGAUCUACUGAUGAAAAACAUUGCAUAUUACUAUGAAAAAGAAGAAGGUGCAGGUCUUCAGUUGGAGUAUGGGAGUGACAUUGACCAAAUUUAUAAAGAUAUUUGGAGUACCACAUUGCAAUUAGUUCCAGAGCAAAAAAAGUUGGCGUCCUUUCAAAUCCGAACCACAUCAAAGCAUUUCCUGUCAGACGAUUCAUCAGUGAAUGUGAAAAGGGAGAAGAUACCUACAGCAGGCCUCAUACCCAUUAGAUCGGCCAUAAUUGAAGAUUUUGCUGGAGACAUCAUGAAGGAGCUACCUUUUUUGAGUAGCGAUGAUCCUGUGAUGACUUUACUAAAUAAGACAAAGUCAUAUGAUGAACUUUUUCAUUGGCAUUCUGGGAAACCACUCGGUGAUGACUACGACCGCACAAAGCAAGGGUUCACUGAAUUAAAUCAAAGUAAAUGGGCAAUGAAACAAUAUCAAAAGUACCAGACUUUUCAGCGUUAUUAUGGACAAAGCUUAGGCGUGACAAUGGUUAAGAAUAUUGUUGUACAACGUGAUGAGCUGGAAAAGUCACAUGAAGGCCCCAAACUUGGGAAGAAAAAGGAACCUUGGGUAAAAAAGAAGGAUGCAAUUAUAGAAGAGAACCAAAGGAAGGCUAAAGCCAUGGAAGAAAACAAAGAUACAGAAAAGUGGAGAACAAUGGCUUCUGGUCUUCAAAAUGAAAUCAAGAGGGACAUUUUCCUAGGAAUAAAAAGACAGGACCAAUUCAUCAAAAGCAUAGCAACACCAUCUGUGAAAUUUUGUGCAGAGUUUACAGCAUUAAAUACCUGCUUCCAGGUGUGGCAGGAACAUUGCAGACUGAAAUCCAAAGAUCAAAGAGAUAUCAAUAUUGCUGUAGAAGUUAUGAAGAAAAUACACACGAUUAUGAACAAGCAUGAAGCAUUGCUGCAGAAACAGCAUAGAAAGAUGAUUGCUGAAUAUCUUAAUUUUCUAGGAUUUGAGAACUUGGCGUGUUUUAUGCAACCACCUAAGGCAGCCAACCAUGGAGAUAAGAUGGUGACUAAUGAUGGAGAUGAAAAGGUAACCAGACUUGAAAACAAGAUGAUAACCCUCCCUGGAGAUGGAAAGGUAACUGACCCUGGUGAUGGCAAAGUGUCCGUCCCUGGAGAUAAGAACAUAACAAGCUUUGGACAUAAGACGAUAAACAGAGAAUAUACAGUUGGAGUUGGUUCUAGUCGGUUCCAAAUGCAGUACAUGGGACCAUACCUGUUAAGAGAUGAGAGAUCUGAUCCAGACCCCAGAGUUGAGCAUUUCAUACCAGACACAUGGCAGAGAGAACUUCUUGAUGUGGUUGAUAAUAAAGAGUCAGCAGUGAUAGUUGCCCCAACGUCUUCGGGCAAAACAUAUGCAUCUUACUAUUGCAUGGAAAAAGUCCUGAGAAAAAGUGAUGAAAGUGUUGUAGUUUAUGUGGCUCCUACAAAGGCUCUGGUAAAUCAAGUAGUAGCCACUGUAACUAACCAGUUCACAAAAAAUCUGCCUGAUGGUAUGGCGCUCUGUGGUGUUUUCACAAGGGAUUAUCGCACUGAUGCACUAAACUGUCAAGUUUUAGUCACUGUGCCACAAUGCUUGGAGAUUCUGCUUUUGUCACCUCAUCGCCAGACAUGGAUAAAGAAGAUUGAAUAUGUAAUAUUUGAUGAGGUUCACUGCCUGGGAGGAGAAAUAGGGGCAGAUGUUUGGGAACAUAUCCUAGUCAUGAUUCGUUGCCCAUUCCUAGCUUUGUCUGCAACAAUUAGCAACCCAGAACAUCUAACAGCGUGGCUUCAAUCAGUAAAAACAUACUGGCAGAAGAGAGAAGAAGUGAUGGAAACCAGUAGCCUUGCUCAAAUGCCUAAAAGAGGAGGGAAAAAACAAGCUUUGAGGACAAAAAAGUCUUACAGAGUUCGUCUUGUGCUGCAUGAGAAGAGGUACAAUGAUCUUGAAAAGUAUGUGUGUUCUGUAAAAGAUUCCAACAUCAAUUUUGAGCACCACCACCCGUGUGCUGCAUUAACUAUAGAUCAUAUAAAAAAAUAUGGCAUUCCAAAGGAUUUGACUUUCUCUCCAAGGGAAAAUAUACAACUAUAUGACGCAAUGGUGAAAGUAUGGCCAAGUUGGCCCAGGGCAAAGGAACUGGAUCCUGAGGAGAACAUGCAUAUCAAAGACAAAAUAAUCAUUACAAAAAAUGAGUCAAGCAAAUUUGAAGAAGAACUGAAGACAGAAUUAAUUAACUGGACAAAAAAUGGGCAUGCUGAGAAGACAGGUGAUGUUCUUAAGCAUCUUCAAGUUGCUGAGCCACCUCCUGGAAUGAUGUGUGAAGAAUUGUUUCCAAAACUUGUUGAAAAACUUAAGGAAGAAAAUAAACUCCCUGCGCUGUUUUUUGCGUUCAAUAAAAUUCUAGUGGAAAGACUGUCAGAAGAUUUGUUGUGUUCUCUAACUGAGAUAUCUGAAGCGAAGCAAACAGUAAAAGUUGAUAUAGAAAUUAAGAAACUUGAAACAAAAUCCAGAAAACUGAAAAAAUCUCAACAAUCAUCAAGCAAAGAAGAUGCAUUGAUAUUAAAUCGGACUAGUUAUGAAAUGUUACAAAAAAGACUUCAGAAGAUUAAUGAAAUACCACCAGGUGCUACCUACGCUGAUGAGACCAACAUAGACAAAGAGACCCUCAUGACCAUGUUUGAAAAACUUAGAAGUACCAGAAAUGCAGAAAAAUUAAAAUAUUUGGCUGAAAGGGGGAUUGGUUAUCAUCAUGGAGCCAUGCAGGAGAAGGAAAGGCGUUUUGUUGAGAUGUUGUUCAGACUGGGACAUAUGAGAGUUGUAACAGCUACUGGUACACUAGCUCUUGGAAUCAACAUGCCCUGUAGGUCUGUGGUGUUCCUGGAAGAUUCCAUUUACCUUGAUGCACUGAACUAUAGACAGAUGUCGGGACGUGCUGGAAGGCGAGGCCAAGAUCUAUUGGGAAAUGUCUUCUUUUUUGGCAUUCCAAUGCCUAAAGUGAAGAAACUCUUGAAAUCCAAUGUCCCUCAAUUAAAAGGCCAGUUUCCAUUAAGUAUUAGUUUGAUACUGCGGCUGAUGUUGCUGGCUGCACGAGCAGAUGACAAAGAAGAUGCCAAGGCAAAGGCUUUAUCGAUUUUGAUGCACUCUCUUAUGACAUACAAACAACCCCGGGAAACACAUCUGUUAAAACUAUUUAGUCUCUUUUCACUCCACUACCUAAUCCAUGAGGGAUAUUUGGAUCAAGAUUGUAAGCCUAUGUUAUUUACUGGACUGGUUACACAUUUACAUUACCACGAGCCAUCAAAUUAUGUCUUUGUCAGCUUUCUCAAAAAAGGUCUCUUUCGGAAGUUGUGUCAGCCAUGCAAAAAAAAUCCAAACAAAUUCCCAGAUUCUGUUAUGGAAAGUCUUGUGCUGAUUCUGGCAAAUCUGUUUGCAAGAAACUACUUUGUACCACAUUUUAUGAGCCGUCAUGUUAAAUUUCACCAGUCAAAGGUUUUCCUUGACCCACUCCCCGAUGAUUUUUCUUCUGCUGUCAAAGAGCACAACAAGAAUGUAGCAACAAUAUUUGGACAUUGCCUCUUUACAGCAGCAAAACUAGCUGAUAUGGAGAAGGAAUGCCAGCUUCCAUUUUCAGAAAUAAGUUUCUCAGGUAAAGAGUGUACAGAUUCUCAGUUGGUGAACCAUGUCAUGGAUUGUGAUGAAGAAAGAAGUGGAAUCUCCCCUUUUGCAUGUCUGUCUGGGAAUUCAGAUCACAAUCUGUUUGCUAUGGAAAAUGUCAACAGUCUCAUGUUACAGACAGCUCAAAUUCCAGACAAGCACAUUCCAAUCCUACCGCUGCAGAAAAAAGAUCCUUCUGGAAGAAAACUGAUGCUUAACGCAUUUGCACUUGAUUUCUUCAAACAUAGAUCUCUACAAGCAAUUGUUAAUGAGAAUGGGUUUAAUGAAGGAGACGCAUACAACAAAUUAAAAGAUUUUUCACUUACUAUUUCUGCCAUAAGUGUUUCUGUGAAAGAAAUGUGUGAAGAUGAAAACGACCCAGUUGUCCUGGCUUUUGAACAACUCAACACAAUGUACAAAGAGAUGAUGGCUUUUUAAUUUAUAUUGCCUUCAUAAAGUGUCACAUACAUGUGUUUUUUUCAGGAAAAAUGUUCUUACCUCUUGUU